AUGGUUUUUGCCAAGCUUGUUGUUGCCGCUGUUUUGUUGGUUGCCAUUGCUGAAGCCGGAAUCCACGGUGGAGCCACUUCUUACGCCAAUGGAAAUCUUCUUUCCUUAGGUGGCGGAUACGGAGGUGGUUAUGGUGGUCACGCUGGUGGAUACGGUGGAGAAUAUGGUGGACACUAUGACCACUACAGAAAAAAAAUUCACGAUGCUCACACCGGUGAUGUUAAACAACAACACGAAGUCAGAGAUGGUGAUGUCGUUAAGGGAUCAUACUCUCUCGUUGAACCAGACGGUACCACCAGAGUCGUAGAAUACACCGCUGACAAACACAACGGAUUCAACGCUGUCGUUAAGAAACUCGGUCACGCCGUUCACCCACAAGUUUACGGACACUACGGUGGUGGUUUUGCUGCCGGCGGUCACGGUGGAUACGGAUUGGGACACUACUGA